UUCAAAGUGAAAAGGUGAGUUCAAACGCCUCCUUAAACCCUACUCCAUUUUCACCCUUAAUUGCAUCAAAUCUCAUCUCCCUUCUCCAACCCCACUUAAACCCUAGUAGAAAUGUCUUCUUCCAUCACUUUGCGCCAUGCACGCCACCUCUCAACCGCAACCGCCGCCGCCGCCGCAACUUCCAGCAACACCACCAUCUCUAUCUCCAAAGCAAAAUCAAAGCUCAAAGCCGAACACGACCCUGACAAAGCCCUAGAAAUUUACUCCUCCGUUUCAGAUCGUUACAUUUCCCCUUUAUCCUCCCGUUAUGCUCAAGAAUACACAGUCAAGCGUCUAGCUAAGUCUCACCGUUUCUCCGACAUUGAAAGUUUCCUCGAAUCUCACAAGAACAGCCCAAAAAUCACCCAAGAACCAUUUCUUUCAUCCAUCAUCCGUUCAUAUGGUGUCGCUGGCAUGUUCGAUCACGCGCUCAAAAUUUAUCAUCAGAUGGAUGAUUUAGGCACCCCCAGAUCAGCUAUUUCCUUCAAUGUACUUUUAUCAGCUUGCGUGCACUCGAAACAGUAUGAUCGUGUUGUUAAGUUGUUUGAUGAAAUGCCUGUAAAGUAUGGAUUUUUACCUGAUAAAGUGUCGUAUGGUAUAUUGAUUAGGUCAUAUUGUGAAAUGGGGUCGCCGGAAAUGGCAAUGGAAAGACUCAAGGAGAUGGAGGAGAAAGGUGUGGAGAUUACAAUUGUUACUUUCACCACUAUACUGCACUCAUUUUAUAAGAAGGGAAAGAAUGAUGAUGCCGAAAAAGUAUGGAAUGAGAUGGUGAAAAGGGGGUGUGGGCCAGAUGUUGGUGCAUACAAUGUAAAGAUUAUGAACAUUCAGGGUGGUAAUCCAGAAGGCGUGAAAGCUUUAAUUGAGGAAAUGAACGAUGCUGGAUUGAAACCGGACACGAUUAGCUACAAUUACUUGAUGACUUGUUAUUGUAAGAAUGAAUUGAUGGACGAGGCACAGAAGGUUUAUGAGGAUUUGGAGAGAAAUGGGUGCAAUGCAAAUGCUGCAACUUUUAGGACUUUAAUCUUUUAUUUGUGUAAGAAGGGAAGGUUUGAGACGGGGUAUAAGGUGUUUAAGGAGAGUGUGAGAGUUAACAAGAUCCCAGAUUUCAAUACACUCAAGUAUUUGGUGGAAGGGUUGGUGCAGAGAUCAAAGUUGAAAGAUGCAAAAGGGAUGAGUAGGACAGUGAAGAAGAAGUUCCCUCCUAACUUGGUAAAAGCUUGGACCAAGCUAGAGGAGGAGCUUGGUUUGGCUAAAGUUGAAGCCGGUGAUAAUGGAGUACAAUGAGACUAGUUUGGGUUAGUAGUUGGAUGGUUUUGUUUGCUUCAAGUGUUAUACACAGUUCGAUAACUUAGGAGAGCUUUUAGAUCAUUGAAUUUCUCUUGUUUAUCAUAAAGAUAUGAGGAACUCCAUGAGCUGAAUGUCCUGUUGAUCCAUUGCUUUGUUCGUCUCUCUCACGAUCCCAUUCGUUGAACAUCUCGCCAUAUCUCUGGCAUUGUAAUGACAACAUUAACUGGUGGUUUAGCAUGAGGUUUCGGUCUUUCUCUUCUCCGCUGCCACUAAUCAAAUAUGUUGGCACAACUUGACAAUGUAUAACUUUUUAUUGCUGCAUAGGGUUCUUUCUCCACUAUAUCUUGACCUGCUCAGUCGAUGACUUGAAAGGGCUUUAUAUCUGUUAUUGAUGUACUCUUUAUGUCAUUGUUCCUAACAGGGUACAAUCUGCUUCCUUUAGAGGGAAGUGACUGUUAAAUCAUAGAGCAAUUGGGAUAAUCUGCAGGUGUUGUCGAUUAUAUCAAGUACUGUGAUCAGCUAAUACCACUGCAAAUUUGGAGAUAUAGUUGCCCAAUUCUUGGUUAAUGUUACACUAUCCUUCUAGUUUUGACAUUCUAUCGUAGUAGUAUGAUACUUAUCAUUAAACUUUACGAGGUGGUCUCUUUCUGCUCUUAGAUUGGUUUGUAUCAUGCUUGACUGGAAAUAAUGGAAGAUUUUGAGACAGUACA